GGGUUUUGGAGGGACAGCUGCUCAGCUCUAGCCUAUGUUGACCAUCUUGUUGCCGCUACCCUUCGGAUGAUCGUCCUACACACACAGACACACAGACACACAUCCAUACACCGAAACAGGGAGAUUCACCCCUUUACAUACACCCAUAGCGCUGAGCUAGUGAGUGAGACGGACACCACCCCUUGCCUGCCUCCCUACACGCACGCAUGGCGUCUUGUCCCUCCCUCCCUCCCUGUCUCCCUCUCAGUGUAGUAGGCCAUUCACCCCUACAGGUCUGUCUUACCUUCCAGUCGUCCCAGUCCCUGUCCUUUUUCUCCUGCUGUUCAUCCACCCGGUCAUCCUCCUCUUUGCCAUGGUCGUUCCCACUGCCUUGAGCCGCAGCCCCCGUGUAUGUUUGGACGAUGUCGCCACCUGGCUGGGCGCCCAUCUCAUGCACCUCGAUUGCCAUCUCCAUGUCGGCACACUGAGCCAAUGAUAUCGUCGGCAAACCUGUCAACCAACACGGUCACAUGCGGACAGACAGGCGACCAAGUAACUAAUGGUGUGUGCCCCUGCCUCCCCUCCCCUCCCGUGCCGUGCCGUGCUAAUGUAGUAGCGUACGGUGUGACGGUCUCAGUACCGCCUGCCGGUACAGCUGUCGCAACUCACUCGGCUGCCCCUGACAUGACAGCAAUCAAUAAAUCAGCCAGGCAGCAGGAAGAUACAGACAGACAGACAGGGAUUUUCAUUCACUAGCUAGUGCACCGGCGGCCCCGGAUCGGUCAGAUGCAGUCUGUCUGUCUGUCUGUCUCUGUGCUUGCUUGAGGCGUGGCUGCACACCAUGAGGCUUGCCAGCCCUGGGCGCUGCUGCGACGAGGCUGGCGCGGAUCUUGUUGGUUCCUGCCUGUGUUGACGGGCCUCCUGGACCUGCCGGCGGUCAGCUAAGAAGCGCUCCAGCAUCGGUAGCUCCUGCACAGAGACAACACAACACAACACAACCAGACAGACAGAGGGGUACAGCUGGCUGCACUGCACACUCUCUGGGGGGCCGGGCCCUUCAGUCAGUCAGUCACCCGUCUUAUUUGCUCGACCUCCGCCAUGGCGGCCGCCGCAGAUCUGACAGUAAGCCAGCCAUUUCAAUGAGUCAGUCAGCCAGGCAGCGAGCCAGCCAUCGGUCCCAUCUGUGUUGUGCACGUCCGUCUGCCUGCGUGCGGGUGUGGGUGUGGGGUGCCUCACUCACCUCUCGAGAAGGGACACAAGAAGCAGCCGUUCAUUUUCCUCGUCGACAGACUGCACAAAACAAUGAAUCAAUGACACAGACAGCAAUCCAAUCCCGUCCGUCGACCGCACCGACCAACAUCCUGUGUGGCUGUGACGAGAUCGGGUGGCUUGCCUUGCCCCAGUCGUGUUCGUCGCGUUCCCCGUGCGGGUCGGCCACCUUCUCCCUCGCCGUGCGCUGACGUAACGCAAACAAACGCUGAUCGAUCGCCCAGCCAGCCGAAAAUGCGGUGACCACACCCGUGGGUACAUACAGACAGACAGACAUGCAGACAGUCAGACAGUCAGUCAGACAGCCACCCACCCAUCCAUCCAAGUGGAAUGCACGCAAACAUCGCUGCCGGAAGCGUAUACCUGUAUCCGUGAAUCGAGCUCCUUCUGCUGCCGAUAGCGUUCAAUCCUCCUGGUCCUGGAAGGAAACACAAGAGCAGUCGGACAGACAGACAGACAGACAGGCAGACUGACAGGUAUCAAGGGAGGCGUACGUACGUGAUUUCCCGCCCCACCUGUCUGUUGCUGGGUCAGGGCGCGCCGGGUGAGGACCUUCUGGCUCCUCCUCAUUGUCGGCGCUUUGCAGCCACUGAUCCACACCACCCACACCCAAACUCUGCAUCCUUGCCAGAAAGCGAUGGAAAUACACCUGUGGCGCAGACAGACAGACACGCCAGUCAGUCAACCGAUGAAUCAGGUCGACUUGGUGUUGCAUUCUUCAUAGGAAUGUGACGUACGAGUGCGUCGUUGAGUGCAUCGAGUCGGUCGUCCACAUGAGUGACUUUGGUGGACAGGUCGCCCAGCACGAAAGGCACCAUGAGGUACUUGAGGGAUGCCGUACUGAUGUCGUCCAGCUCCUCGUUGUCCGACACGACAUCCAGCCCUUCUGCCAUCGCCGCCACUUGCCGGAACCGGGCCACCAGGCCCUCCAGACACUCGACACCAGAUACACCAGGUUGAUCUGUGACCGGCACACCACCCGACAGGCUGCUGUAGGCCGACAGGUACUCUGUGAAGGCCGCGUUAAAUGUAGCGCUCAACUCGUUCAU